UAUCAUGGAGCUUUCUUCUUCUUCUUCCUCCCUUGCACGCACUUUGGCAGUUCAUAUUCUGUUCCCUGACAUGCUCGGCCGCGAUCCAAGGUACGUCGUAUACGACUUACCACUCGAAGUAAUCUCAGCUAGCUACGUAGUUGCUCUGGAGGGAAGCCAUAGACCAACGAUUUCUCCACCGCCGCCGCGGCCCAAUCCAUCAUGGAAUCCAAAGCCGGAGCCAAAGCCGGUGCCCCUGCUGCCGCCUCCUAAAAGGCGGGCACCUCCACCACCGCUCAAGACGUCGGCACUUGUGCCGUCCCGCAAGACCCUGCAGAUUGCUGCGAGCGCCCCUUAUACUUGAACCUCCAAUAUGCCAUUAUGUACCAUCGAGGAGGGUGUUGUGCUACGUGCUUGAAUUGCAAUGAAACUUAAGAAAGUUGUUUGCUUGUAGCA